UGUACAGCCUCAUGGAACAAACCGUGAAAAUAGUUUCAAGGCAACAGUGGGGAGCAGCGGACCCAAAGCAAAAGGAGAGCCUGGCAGGUCCAGUCCAGAGAGUUGUGAUACACCACACUGCCCUCCGGAGCUGCAAAGGCCUGGCAGAGUGUACAGAUGGGCUUCUGAGCAUCCAGAGGCUUCAUAUGAAGGAAAGACACUUUGAUGACAUUGGGUAUAAUUUUCUUGUUGGAGGAGAUGGGAGUCUAUUUGAGGGCCGAGGUUGGGGUGUGAUGGGAGCGCAUACCAAAGGUCACAACGGUGACUCCCUGGGCAUUGCUUUCAUGGGCAAUUUCAACAAUGACACACCAAGCAAAGAGGCAAUAUUGUCAGUCAAACAGCUGCUAAUGUCUGGAGUUUUACAAGGGUUCAUCCGACCAGAGUUUGCCCUGUACGGCCACAGGGAUUUAGGAGCUACACAAUGCCCUGGAGAAAAUCUUUAUGCUGCACUUUCACAACUGAGAAGCUCAACUUAAAAUGAACUCCUGAGGGAAAGAGAGAAAGGGGAAGACUAAGCUAUGAAUUUAUUUCAAAACUUAACCAGGGUCAUGAGGGUAGAACUCAUAUAUAUUUUUAUCUGCUGCUGUCAAAACGCCUCAUGCCAACGUCAAGUAACCCGUAACACUACGAUACUGGCAGUUGAAACUUUCCUGUAAGUUCAGUAAGUUGUGAGGUGGGAACUCCAGAGAUUGAGCAAGACAUCCCAAAUGUGCUCAGUUGAAUUGGAACCAAAGGAAUCUGGAGGCCAAGUCAAUACCUCAGGGAUGUUUUUUUUUUGCUCCUCAAACUAGUCCUGAAUAGUUUUUGUUUUGCUACAGAGAGAAAACAAAAACAGAGUGAAAGAGGUCACAGGCAGCAGGAUGUCCUGCUUUCAUGAACAUUAACAUGCACCAUCUUUCAUUGCUCCUUGGAGCAGUUCUGAUAGAUUGAAUUUGAGCAAAAGUUGCUGUCUUUUAUUUGAUGAAAGCAAAUUGAUUAUAAUGGGCAGGGAUCAUUUCCCCGGCUCCAAUAUUUCUCUACCUGGCUUUCUAACCCCAGCUAGAGAUUUAAGGAAGAGCCGCAAAAGCAAGUGAGGUGGAUUAGCUGUUCUCCCAACAGUGGGUGAUGUCAUUUGGGACAAUAUCAUCACUGUUGCCCAGAAAUCGAAAAUGUAGCGUGUCAUGACAGCUUUAGUCAGAGGGCUCUUCAGAGUUGCUGCGAGACUGACUGUCACCUAUCAACUUUGAGGAAAAACUUUCUCUUGCUGUUUAAGAUCUUAGCUCUACUAACAAGUGCUGUAAUGAAGAGAUCAUUUGUGUUAGUGAUUUUCCUGUCAGUAGUCAUAAUGUAAUGCCCAAACGUUAUAUCAUACGCUGAGGCCUGUAAGGUUUGUGCUUCUCCACCAGAGGGAGCAAUGAUAAAGGAUGAGACUUAAAAAUGGGACCUUAUCUGCAACACUAAAACCUCAAUGUUUUCUGUUGGACUAUUGACCAAUUACUUGCGUCCAGCUACAUUACGACUAUAAAAUUAUAUUUAAUUAUUGAUUCUAACAUAAUGGGUGCCGGCAAAUAUGAAUUCAUAUAUUUACUUGUGUGUUGUAUUUUUUUUAAAUAAAAAAAUA